UAAAAGAAUGGUGAGUUUGACAUUUGAAGACUAGAUUCAUGUGUAUCAGGACAAUGACCGCUCUGGAUGAUGCUAGAGUUAUCAUCUUAAGAAAUGCCAAAAUAUACUGAUACAACAAUAAUGUUGUAUUCAAUUGCAAAUACUUUCACAAUCCUGAUGCAUAAAUAUGCAAGGAAACAUAGCUUGGCAUUUGUAUCCCAUUUUGUGGCCAAUUUCUACAUUGAAGUGACUUUUGCACUUGGGCGGCAUCAUAUACAUAAUGAUCAAAUUGUUGUGCAAAACUGCUAUGGUGUAAUAUUGCUUGGGGAGUUUCUAUGGUGCAUAUGGCAGGUGAAAUGAUACUAAACAUACGGUUAGAAUAUUAGGUUUUUGCUGGUGUUUAGCUAAUAGAUUUGACUAACUAGUUUUUGCUCCAAUUUUUGAUUUCUUGUACUAAUUUGAGUUUCCUAACACGUUUAUUUUGGGUUUUGAAUAGUUUGAUUCUGUUUUUAGUUUCUUUUGUGUUUAAACCUGUUUAGAUAAUUCUUUUGCUGAUUUUAGUAGUAGCUUUUAGUUUGAACUUCGUUUGCUGUUUUUUAAAACUUUUACAGAUUCAUUGAGUCUUAUUCUGCUGUCUUAGCUGUCUUCUUUUGAGCAUAGUGUUAAAUUGCCAAUUCUUAAGUUGAGAGAUUCCCAACUAUUUGAUCCAGUCACUCAUUGAUUGUAGAGUAGAUUUUCUUGAUAAUUUCAGUUUUAGAUCAGUUUGGCACAUUUUGAUCUUGUAAGACUUGAACCUUAUUUGCUUCUUUUGUGUGAUGCACUCAUGAUUUCUAGUAAUGGCAGAACUUGAAUUGACUCUAUUUAACAUAGCUUGUUUCAAUUACAUCUUGAGGUGAUAGAGGCCAUUUUUGUUUCUUUAGCCACUUGACCAAAUAAAGCCUACCUUGAACUUAUUUUUCCAUUGAAGCCAAUUUUUUAGCCUGUUUAGCUUGUUCUAUGUGAUUUACCAGCUCAUGAUAAGUCCUUAUACCAGAAAAACAAUGUAUACCUUGCUAUUGAGCUGUGAAGGGCUUUGGAACUGUUUUGGGAGAUUUUUGGUGAAAUUCAAGUGUGGGGAAUCACUACAAAAAAAAAAGAUAUAUAGAGGAGUUUUUUAUUUUCUUUUAGGAGGUUUAUGACCUCCGCAGAUUGCAACACAUUCUUUUCUGAGUGAAUUUUUUAUUUUUUUCAUGGGUUCCCUUCCUAAUCAGAAAAGUUAAUGAAUUUUUUCCUUUCACUCGAAAACCUAAGUUCAGAGUGCCAAUCGAUUCCGAUCUGCGAUUAAGCCAUGCCGUAGCCUCCGUUGCAGCGAUCUUCGUCGCGCCAGCUCCGUCGUGUCGUCCGUCUUCGUCGUGCCUUCCGUCUUCGUCGCACCAUCUCCGUCGGCGUUGUCUUCGUCGCUUCAUCUCGAUCGUGCUGUCUUCGUUUCCUCGUCUCUGUCGCGCCAUCUCCGUCGUAGCCUCUGUGGUAGCCUCUUUCGUAGUGAAUCAGUAACUCCGUGAUUCAGCUUCGUUAUGCCCUCUCCGUCACUCUGGCCCUCCAUCCCAUGUGGUUGUGAUCCAGUGGCUUCUGUAGAGUCAAGGCGAUUCAGACAUUGCUAUCGAAGGGUGCUGCCUCUAUGUCCUAUCCCGUUGGAGGAUGGCUAGCUACAGUUUGUGUCACUGGUUUGACAGCUAUAGGUGUGAGGAAAGCUGUGAAGACAGAAUUGAUAGAUGCUGAGCCUAUGGAGAAGCCAUCUCCAUUUUCUUCCAUUGAAGUGUGGGCAUGGACUGGGGUUCUUCUUAUAUCCUUUGCUGCUUCAUUGGUUUUUCCAUCAGCAUUGGGGACAAGAGCCAGAACAUAUCUUCCAUUCUUGCUUGCGUCCAGUGUUAGGCUACAUGAUUGGUUAAGGAUUGCCAUCAAGCUUGAAGAAGGUCUUCCACCCAAUAAUUUUUUGUGCAGCAUUGCAGAGCUAGCAGCAAUUGCUUUGGGGUUUCUUUCUAAGUCAGGGCUUGAUGCUGUUUUAGGAUAUUACCUUACAAACUCAUCGUCUAAUCCUGGUGUUGGUUACAUUGUAAUGGGCUUUUUGGGAUCUGUUAUUCUUUCAUUUGCCUUCUCUAUGUUCAAACAGAGAAAGCUUGUAAAGAGGCAUGCAGCUGAGAUUUUCACCUGUCAUAAUCUCUACCAUAUUCUCAUUGUACUCAACUGCCAUUGUUGGAUGUCUACUUGCUUUAGAACCAUCAUAACAGUAUCCAUUCUACCCAGAUGUAUAACAGUGGCGUUGGCUCUCAGCAUUGUGUCUUUUUUUGAAGGUGCCACAUCAGUCACAUCAUUGGUCUGGGAGAACAGGCAUGCCUGACACUUACUUCUUGGAAUGCUUUAAGGAAAUAUUACAGAUAUAUCUUUAUGCAUCCUCGAUUUUGUUUUAAGACAUUGCUUCAUUUAGUGCUGCCACAUCAUCAACAUCUUUUGAUCAGUGGCAACAAAAGUACACUAAUUUAGAAUCCCAAAUUCAAACCACCUUGGGUGCACUAAAAGCCUACAUGAUAAUGAAGGAAGGAAAGAUUCCUGAUGAAUUAACUGCCUUCUUUGAUCUCAACCACAACAAACCAACGAUGCAAAUGAGCCUGAGCCUUCUAUGAGUACAAGAGGAUCAUCUGGUGGUUGCAACAUUUAGGGUGUUGAUGGUGUUUUUUAGGAUGAAACUAUUUUAGUGUAUUAUGAACUUUGAGUAAGUAUGGAUUAAGUUGUAAUUGUUUCAAUUUAAAUUGCUUUUAUGUUAAUAUGUUGAUUUUGAGAAUCAAAAGUUCUAAUGAUAUAUAUUUGAACA